AUGCAUCGUAGAUCUAGUCAAAUGAUGUUCAAUGAAACUUUUGUAAACACAAAGGAAUCAUUAAAAUGUUCACACCUGAUCUCAGAAUUGAUAGCAAAACAACUAAAACCUCACACAAUUGGCGAAAACUUGAUAAUUCCUGCUUGUCGUAUUAUUGCUCGAACUAUGUUUGGUCAUGAACAAAAAAUAAUGAAGAUACCUUUGUCAGAUAACACUGUUUCUCGUCGGAUUUAUGCUUUGUCGGAGAAUAUUGAAAAAAGUGUCUCAUUUUCUAUUAAAGAAACUCGAUUUUCAUUACAACUUGACGAAGCCACAGAUAUUUCGGGAAUGGCACAUUUGUUGGCAUAUAUACGAUUUGUUUAUUCUGGGAAAAUUACAGAACAAUUCUUGUUUUUGCUAGCCUCUUUUAACUACACUACUCAACCAAUUGAUAUGUUCAUGAUAUUAAACGAUUAUUUCAAUAUCAAGAAUAUUUCAUUUGCCAAUUGUAUUGGUAUAUGUACAGAUGGAACCCCGUCUAUGUCUGGUCGUAUUAAUGGACUUGUUUCAUUAGUUAAAUCUAAAAAUAAUGAGAUAAUAUCAUCACAUUGUUUUUUGCAUCGAUAA